UAGAUUGGAAUCACAUAAGCAGGGUGACAUUUAUUCCUUUCCUACUUGUUUCUUUUCACCGAGCCCUGGGAAUUCCCAAAAGUCACCGUAAAAGAUUUCUUUCGUUUCGUCCAUGAUCUACAAGAGGGGCUCAUUCUAAGCCAGGCAAGCAUGAGUCUGAGUGCGAGAAGAGUUACUCUGCCCGCGAUCACGCCCAUCGUUCUACAGAAAAGGGUAAUUAAAGUAUACAGUGAAGAUGAAACCAGCAGGGCUUUAGAAGUACCCACUGACAUAACGGCUCGGGAUGUUUGCCAGCUGUUGAUCCUGAAGAAUCAUUACAUUGAUGACCACAGCUGGACCCUUUUUGAGCACCUGCCUCACUUAGGUCUAGAAAGAACAAUAGAAGAUCAUGAACUAGUGAUUGAAGUGCUAUCUAAUUGGGGAAUGGAAGAAGAGAAUAAGCUAUACUUUAGAAAAAAUUAUGCCAAAUAUGAAUUCUUUAAAAACCCAAUGUAUUUUUUUCCAGAGCAUAUGGUGUCUUUUGCAACUGAAACCAAUGGUGAAAUAUCCCCCACACAGAUUUUGCAGAUGUUUCUCAGUUCAAGCACAUAUCCUGAAAUCCAUGGUUUCUUACACGCAAAAGAACAAGGAAAGAAGUCCUGGAAGAAGAUUUACUUCCUUCUAAGAAGAUCUGGUUUAUAUUUUUCUACUAAAGGGACAUCAAAGGAACCACGGCACUUGCAGUUCUUCAGCGAAUUUGGCAAUAGCGAUAUUUACGUGUCGCUGACAGGCAAAAAAAAGCACGGAGCACCGACGAAUUGUGGCUUCUGCUUUAAGCCUAACCGUGCAGGAGGGCCCCGAGACCUGAGAAUGCUCUGUGCGGACGAGGAGCAGAGCAGGACGUGCUGGGUGACCGCGCUUAGACUGCUUAAGUAUGGCAUGCAGCUGUACCAGAAUUACAUGCAUCCAUAUCAAGGUAGAAGUGGCUGCAGUUCUCAGAGUAUCUCACCCAUGUUUGUUUUUUUCCAGAGAAGUAUAUCAGAGAAUUCCCUGGUAGCAAUGGACUUCUCAGGCCAGAAAAGCAGAGUAAUAGAAAAUCCUACUGAAGCCCUUUCCGUUGCAGUUGAAGAGGGACUCGCUUGGAGGAAGAAAGGAUGUUUACGGCUGGGCAUUCAUGGAAGCCCCACUGCCUCUUCCCAGAGCUCUACUGCAAACAUGGCUAUCCACCAGUCACAGCCAUGGUUUCACCAUAAAAUCUCUAGAGAUGAAGCUCAGCGACUCAUUGUCCAACAAGGCCUUGUAGAUGGAGUUUUCUUGGUACGGGAUAGUCAGAGUAAUCCCAAAACUUUCGUCCUGUCAAUGAGUCAUGGGCAAAAAAUAAAACACUUUCAAAUUAUCCCAGUGGAAGAUGGAGGUGAACUGUUCCACACCCUGGAUGACGGCCACACGAGAUUUACAGACCUGAUCCAGCUGGUGGAAUUUUAUCAACUCAAUAAGGGUGUGCUUCCAUGCAAGUUGAGACAUUACUGUGCUAGGAUCGCUCUGUAGCCAGACCAGAAGUAACUUAUUCAACCUUGGCAGAACGAGAACCCUAGGGGAAGAGAGAGAAAAAAGAAGCCCCAUCAAUAAGGCUGAUGAUGUUGCCAUGGUGAAAAGGAAGUAUUUUACCUGCAAGUUACAAAACAUAGUUUGUGCAUCGCAAAUAAGCAAAGACUUGGAUUGACAUUGUGUUAAUAAUUUAAAAUUCAGUAGUUAAAAUUAAACCUCAGAAAAAACUGA